AAUCAUGAACGUAAAGAAGCCUGAAUGCCUCAUGCGCUGGUCGAUCGCGUGUACUUCGUGGUCUUUAAACCUCGUAAUUUGUUCCGGUCCAUGAAUUUCUAAUCGAAACAAAAUGGCAACACAAACUAAGCAAAUUAAGUUGCAUGGAAAAGAUGAUUUGGAUUUGUAUCAUCAAGAGGCCAUCAAUAUUGCUAAAAUAGCGGGAAAAGUAGGUGGCCUAUAUCAGCUUUAUAAAUUGAUUGAAAUUUUUGCUCAUAGUAUGACAGUGCCAUGGUGAAACACCCCAAUCUCUAUGAAUGUUUUCAUUUGCCCUUUCAAAGCUUGUCCGCGAUGCAUUCUAUGCUGAGAAAAACAUUGAUACAAAGGAUCACAAAACUGACCUAGUGACCGAAACCGAUCAAGAAACGGAGAGAAUUAUUAAAAAUCAUUUCAAAGAGAAAUUCCCCCCACACAGGUAUAUUUUCAUGAUGGUAAUGUAAAUGUUUAAAAUUUCGGAUUUUCUUCCAUCAAAGGGUGAAAGGGAUGUUGGUGGCACAGUGGAUGAACCUACAGGGAACAACUUUGAAGUCUAUAUUACUCUGUGCAUAUGUGCCGUUCAUGCAUUUCUGUGACCAAUGUUCAAUUUCUACAAUAUAUAGUUUAAUAUCACCUUGGCUAUAUAUCACAUUCAUGAAAAUGAGGCUCUAUAGCCAAAGUGACAUACCUUCUGGCAGGGUGUAUUCCCAUACCUCAUUUGCAUGUGGUAUAGAAAUAUUGUAGCCAGUUGGACUGUACCAAACACCAACAGAAAUCUGUAGGUACUCCAGUUAAUUUCCUCCAGGACCAUUAGCUUAAAUGACCAUGCAUACACACAAACCUAUAGCUAUGACCAUGCAGAACAUAUAGAAAGAGCAGUUUAUAACUGAAACCCAGCAUGAUUGUUAGUUUGGUCUAAAUCCUUGUAUUCCCCAUUCACUUGAUGUUUCUAUUGCUAUAACUGACAGUUUUAUAGGAGAAGAAUCUGUGGCAGGAGGAGAGAAAUGUAAUCUAACUGACAACCCUACCUGGAUUAUUGAUCCUAUUGAUGGGACAACAAAUUUUGUUCACAAGUAUGCUUCCGAAUUUCACGAUGACCUACAAGUCAUUUUCAUCAUCUUGUUUAAAAUGACUGGUGGCCCUUCAUGAAAUAUUGGAGGCCCUUUUGUUGUUGAAAAUCUCAGUUCUUUACUUUUUCUUGUUUUAAAUAUACUACAGUAAUUAUGGUCUAUGAAAACUUUCACAGUUUAUCAUUGGAAGGCUUAUAUGAAAUUAUUGCAGGGGGAGGGCAGUUUCACAGUGUGGGGAAGGCUGGUGCAUUACUCCCUGCAGUGUCAUGACCCCAGAAGUAAUCAGCACCAGCCAGAUAUUCCUUGAUUUAUGGAACUCUUGAAAAAGAAGAGUUACUCUAUAUGGACCCAUAUUACCCCAAAAAGGUACAAAGUAACACUAUAUAGCAUUUAUUAGAAACAUUCAUCAUUCUUUGUUUAGAUUUCCAUUUUCUUGUAUAUCAAUUGCACUUGCCAUAAACAAGGAGGUAGAGAUAUUUUGUGCUUUGAUGGGCUACUGCACGCAUUAUGCCACUCAUUCAAUUUUGUUCAUUCAAUGUGUUGUAGUAAUGUUUUUCAUCUAAAUUAGCUUGUAGUUGGUGUUGUAUACAACCCAACCUUGGAUGAAAUGUUUUCCGCAAUUGCUGGGUGUGGUGCCAAGUGUAACGGCAAACCUAUCAAGGCUUCUAAAAAUGCAACAGGUACAUUGGUGACCACAAAGUUUGUUAGCAAGGGGUCAUUCCAGACAACAUCCACACUUGCCCCAUGGGUGGGGAGGAAUGACAUAAUUAUAAAGAGCAGCUGCAAGGGAGACUAACCCAUGGAGGAAAUUAGAACAACACCCCUGCUUGGGAUGUCCUAAUACAUUUCCCUAGAAAUCAUAGUCUGCUGGGGAAGUGUUGUUUGUUUCAGGAAUGAACCAAGUAACACAUCUUCCCUUGUCAAGUAAAAUCAACAAGUGAUUUUUGUACAGUGUAAAAUCACAAAGAUUGUGGUUUUGAAUUUUAGAAAUCAGUCAAGCAUUAUUGAUAACAGAAAUAGGAGCAAGCAGAGAACAAGAUAGAAUAAAUGGAAUAAUGGAUAAUUUGCAAAAACUAGUUCUAGAACCAUAUUUGGCCAGGGGGUGAGUUGCACAUUACCUUAAAAUAUUUUAACCAUUUGCCAAAAAAUUGUUACAUUAGGCCCUCUGGCAUGAUCAAACCACAGACCUGCAUGUCAAGCCUUGAUUUAUGAUUUUUUAUAGUGUACGUGCCCUGGGUUCGGCUGCACUCAAUAUGUGUUUUGUUGCGGCUGGACGAGCCGAUGCAUAUUAUGAAUUUGGUAUUCAUUGUUGGGAUGUUGCGGCUGGGAUUGUCAUAGUGAAAGAAGCAGGUGGAAUAUCAUUGGGAGCUGCAGGUCAGUUCAUUUAACGUUUCUAAGUACUGGUAAUGUCGUGGUUGGCUUGCAUGCAUACCUGGCUGACUUGGCAAAGUGGCCAAAGUCUAGCUAAGCAAUAACGGCCGUAUUCUAAAAGCACACUCACACUCAAUGAAUGGAAGUUCAAUCUGAACUUCUCUCGAGUGUCAUUGCUGUUUUUGAAUAGCUGGAGGGUUAGUGUCAUAUACCUUACUCUGUAACUACUCACCUUCCAGCUAUUCAAAAACAGCACUGACACUCAAGAGAAGCUCAGAUUGAACCUCCACUCAUUGAGUGCAAGUGAGCUUUUAGAAUACGGGCGUAAGUAGCCCUAAUUACAGACACUCAGGGAACGAGAUGUUGAGCACUAGAGAUUGAUGAUUUGCUGCACAAACAUGGAUUCGUAGAUACUGUAGGGCAUUAGAUGAACUUUUGAAGUAAAAGCGGUAUUUUGUUACUCGUAGUUAGCGAUCUCCGGAACAAAACUGUCAAACUGAUGGCACACAGUUUGUUACAUCAAUUGCUUGGCAGUGUAUUGAUCGCGUUAUUCUAAUCAGUUCGUCUGGGUCGCUGGUCUUGCAUGUGCUGACUCCAAUACGGACGAUCCGUCAAACGGAUCUCUUAGUAAACAUCGCGCCUUUUAUUUUUCAAAACUUCAACAUCAAUGUUUCUGAUAUUACUCUGAGUAUGUAUCCACCACCGGGUCUGAAAAGUUUGCCUGACCACGGUGGGAAUCGAACUACAGUAGGUUUCCAAAAGAUAUAGCUGUAGAGUCCAUUGGGACUGCAGCUUAAUUAUAAACUGUAUAGAAUGCGAUUCUUCAAUGAGAUAACGAUAUUUUUUUUCUGAUUUAGGUGACCCUGUCGACAUAAUGGCAAGAGAAAUAGUUUGUGCUGGCAGCGAAGUUUUAUGUAAAAAGAUAUGCAGCGCAUUAACUAGCAUACCACAUGUCAGAGACUAAGGCCAACUGCAGAGACAUUGUGAAUAUAUGUAUUGAUGUCCUAAAAAUGUAUGAUAUGUCACCUAGUUAAAUGAUUCAAUAAAAUUUAAGCUUAUCCAGUAUGUUAAGAACGCACAAACCUGUGCGGUAAGUUAUUGAAAUUAAACUCGUUCAAAGCAAAGCAAUAACGAAAUUUAAAACAAUCAUUAAUAUCCUCGCUGUUUACGACUUCGGACUGUAGAAAGUGGUUGCAAUUAGUUCUAUUUGAAAUGAAGGACUCUCCGUUGUACGGAAAUCAGACCUUCACUAUACAAGUUUUUUGAUGAAAACAAACUUUGGUGAAUAAAUUGUCUUUCCCCCCACUAGAAAAAGUUUUUGCUGUAGUCGUGUUUCCCGAAACCGAUGGUGGGCAUGGGUAAACCAGGGAAACAACGGGCUAACAGGGGACCAUCUGAGGAAACCUAAAAAUUUUGUAUUGUCUCCGCAACCGUUUUUCCAGGCUUUCCGGCGGGGCUUUAAUCAAACUCCGAUGACAGCACUUUGGUCACAGAGAGUGACUCUAGUCUUCUAUGAAAGCCCCUUCGAAAGAAAACCUCGCAUCGAAACCACGUGUCUUGCAUGUGAGCGGUCUCGACUUGGCUAUUUCUUUCACGUGAUCUUUGGCGUUGCUAUGGCAACAUUUCAGAGCACCAAUAUCAAUAGGGUGGGCCUCCGUAUUGAAAAUAUAACUCUGUGAAUGUGUCGUGCAAUUGAGACUGUGAUCUAAAGUCUCCGCAUUGCCAUGAAGGAAGUUGUCUGGAUCAAAAAGUAAGUAAAGGUACUUGGUCGUUUCAGCCAAGAAAAAUGAUUCCAUUCUGUCUUGGAGUUCAUAUGUGAUAAUAUUCUUCACC